GACUUUUUCAAGUUGUUGGAUCCGUGAUUGCCAGCACUUUCCAGGGGCUGCGUCCGUGCUCAUUGCAAAGGAACAUAGCCUGGUGUCUGCAAAGUGGAAGGAGGCUGAUUCUGCCCAGAGCCAUCCCAGCAGCACCAUAGAGGACACAAUGGGCAAAAAAAUGAGAAAGGUCACAAUGAGUGAGAAAUCAACUUGUGCAAAAAACAAGGAAGGACAAGAAGGUGUGGAGACAGAAUCUGCGAAAGAUACCAAUCCCAGACCCCAGAAGCAACUGCAAAUUGAGAGACAGUUGAAAUGUUUGGCCUUUCAAAAUCCUGGACCUCAGGUCGCAGACUUUAAUCCUGAAACUAGAAAACAAAAGAAGAAAGCCUACAUGUCUCAGAUGAAUGGAUAUUACACCACCAACAAGGUUUCUCUGAAAAAAUAUGACAAACAAGGUAAACUCCUGUGUAACAGCCGGGACUUGUGUGACUGUCUGGAGGAGAGCUGCCAAGGGUGUUUCUAUCCUUGCCCUAAGUGCAGUUCCAACAAAUGCGGACCUGAGUGUCGCUGCAACCGGAAGUGGGUCUAUGACAGAAUACAGACGGAGGCUGGUGACAUCAUCAGCAAGCUGCCGUUUUAUGUUCCUGAUUAAUACACUGGAAAGUUUCCUUAGUGCCGCAUCUGUAGGAGCUGAAUGUACAUAUUUGUGUGACACUGAGUUAUGUGAGGGAGGGCGAUCUGGAAAGAGUGUCCUCUGGUUAAACCAGUAAGAACUCUAAGGAGUUAUCCCAAAGAUGUCUUGUCUAUUACUUCAGUCAGAUAUGUUGUACAGUAAAAGUGAGUUGGUUGGCGUCUGGCUGCUAUGACCCUUGCUGACCCCCAAGAACAAUCCAAUUCAGAAAGCUGGUAGCACAAUGGCU